AUGAAUUUUUCGGUGGAAAAUGAAAUUGAUGGUAACGCGAAUGGUAGCGCAGAAGAUUUUUACUCCUUCUUAUCCACUUAUCCAUUGCUCGAUUUCUACAUUGGUCUCAGCUUGGCCAUUUCGUCAUCCUUAUUUAUUGGUAGUUCAUUUAUUAUCAAGAAAAAAGCACUGAUCAAACUUGCGCAAGUUGAUUGUACCCAUCGUGCUUCCGAAGGCGGUUUCGGUUAUUUACGUGAAUGGUUAUGGUGGUUCGGCGUAUUGACUAUGGGUACUGGUGAGGCGUGCAAUUUUGCAGCAUACGCUUUUGCACCAGCAAGUCUAGUAACGCCACUUGGCGCAUUGAGUGUCAUCGUGACAGCAGUGUUGUCGUCAAAAUUGCUCAAAGAACGUUUAAAUUUACUCGGUAAAAUUGGUUGUGCGGUGUGUCUUCUUGGUUCAACAGUAAUCGUCUUACAUUCACCGAAGGAAGAAGAGGUUUCAAAUAUGGCUGAUUUGGCUCUCAAAAUGAGAAAUGCUGGUUUCAUUUUCUAUGUGGUAGCAGUAAUUUUGGUAUCAUUGGUAAUGAUUAUUUAUGUGGCACCACGUUUGGGUCGCUCUAAUAUUUUGGUAUAUAUAUUUAUUUGCUCUAUCAUCGGUUCACUUUCAGUAUUAUCUGUUAAAGGACUUGGUUUAGCCAUUAAAGAAACAAUUGGUGGGAAACAACAACUUACAAAUUUUCUUACAUGGUUUUGGCUUGUUGCUGUAAUUCUUUGCGUUUCGAUACAGCUGAUAUAUUUGAAUAAAUCUCUGGAUAUGUACAACACAUCAAUGGUGACGCCUAUAUAUUAUGUAUUCUUCACAACAUUCGUAAUAUUGGCUUCAUCGAUUUUAUACAAGGAAUGGUCUCGCUUGGGUGCAAGUGAUGUUUUAGGGAAUGUUGUGGGCUUCCUUAUAACAAUCAUUGGUAUUUUUCAGAUGCAGUUAUUCCGUGAUGUGAAUAUAACGCUGCGACAUUUACGAAUGCUUAUCCAUAAGCCUUCGACAGACGCAACUUUCGAAACAGCGAAUAGUGCCACAUCAUUGGUUGAUGACUUGCCUAGCGAUGCUGCAAAUCCUCAACAAAUUUACACUUAG